UAAGUACAGUAGUAUACUAGUAGAAUAAAAAUAGGAGAAAAAAGCCCUAAAAUAAGGUCUUAAAUCUGGAAUUUAGCUAAGAUCUCAACAGCCAACACCCAGCCCUGUUUUGUUCUUCAUUUUCACAUCAUCUGUCUCCUAAUUCUCAUGGCAUACGCUGCUGUUGCUUCACUUUCACACACCAUAGAUAUCUUCCUCAACUAUCAUCAACAUUCCAUUUCCCCUCAACUGAAAGGCGCAAUCACAUCCCUUCGUAAACACACUGUUUUCUUGCAAACGUUUUUCGACGAAUUUCCAGACAAAACUGACCUCUGGGAAGAAAUCAUCAGUGAGGCUACAUAUAUGGCAGAAAGGAUUAUCGAGCUUCAGUUGUCCGAUUCAUUGCUGGAAUCGACUGUUGGGUCGUCUAGAUCUAAGCCUGAACAGGGGAAAUAUCAGCUCCCUUACGGUUUUGAGGAGGUGAAGAGAGUAUCAAAGGAAAUCGAGUCGAUCGUUGGAGAAUUGAAGGGCACAAAAACCAUGGAUGGUCCCGAUGACGAGUUGAUCGAAAUAAUUUCUCGACUUCGUCAAGGACAUGAAGAGCCGCUAAGAACUAUCGCAAUUUAUGGAGAGGAAGGCGUGGGCAAAACUACUCUGGCAAGAAAUGCUUACAAUGAUCCAUUAAUCAUGGAGCAUUUUGACAUCCGUGCUUGGGCCACAGUAUCCAGUGAAUAUGAUCGACCACAAUUGAUUCGAAACCUUCUGCGUUCCAUGAAAGUCGAUUUUUCAUCAAAUACAGAGAACAAGAAUGGACUGGUUCGGACUUUGUUUGAUAAAUUAAAGGGGAGGAGGUAUCUUAUUGUGCUUGAUGGUUUUAGCAAUUUCGAGAGGCUAAACCUUAAUAUGUUUCCUAGUGAAAAUAAUGGAAGUCGAAUAAUCUUAACCACAAGAUCUCAUGUAUCCAUGAAGAUGGUUGAUCAUUUUCAUAAGGUGGGUUUUAUGGGUGAGGAUAAUGCUUGGAAUGUGAUAAGGGAAAACAUAUUCAAAGGAGAUCCUUGUCCUUCUCAAUUGGUGUCUGCUGGAAAGAUGAUUGCCAGAAGCUGCAGAUGGGUUCCAAACUGUAUUGAGGUGGUUUCUGGAAUACUUGCUGCUGCUGAUCAGACUGAAGCUGCGUGGGAAGAUAUUUCAGAAAACAUCAAAUUUGCUGCUUCUGAUUAUGGUAACAGACAAUCUCGUAUACUCUCCCUAGCUUAUACAUACUUGCCUCAUCAUUUGAGGCCGUGCUUCUUAUAUCUGGGAAUCUAUCACAAUAUAAAUGUCUCCAAACUUGUAAAAAUAUGGGUUGCUGAGGGUUUUCUUAAUGAAAGUGAAGGUAAAAGUUUUGAAGAGACAGGAGAAGAGUAUGUGGAAGAUCUUGUAAGAAGAAAUCUAGUUUUGGUGACAAAGAGGAAGUCUAAUGGCAGAGUUAAGAGAAUCGAAUCAGAUAUUCGCUUGUUUUAUGUGUGCCUAAACCAAGGCCAUGUAGAUAGUUUCAUUCAUCAUAUUAACAGUUUUGAUAAGCAAGCCAUGCCCAUGGAACUUAAGUCGUGCCGCCGCAGUAUUUAUUUUGAUCGCCCUGAGGGCUAUGAUUUCCUUGAAGGUGUGUAUGGCUCUACUAUCCGAACUUUAGUGUUACGCCUAGGCAUGUCAAACCAUCAACGAGGGUUUAGAUUGUCGAUAGAAAAUGCUAGUCUGCUGAGAAUAUUGGAUUUGUCAAAUGAUUACAACUAUGAUUUGUCAAAUGCUUACUACUUUGAUUUGCCAGAGGAGGUCUUUGAGCUAUUUCAUCUCAGAUAUCUUGCUUUCCACAGUGGGUUCAGUAUUUCGGAAGCCAUAUCAAACCUUGAGAAUCUUCAAACCUUAAUCAUUCAUCCAAGGGAUAGUGACUGUAUCUUUACCAAUUUGCCAGAGGGGAUUUGGAGGAUGCCCCAGCUAAGGCAUCUUCGUGUGUUUCGUUUUGAGUUACCCAGUUCACUAGGAGCUCUUGAAGAUCUGCAAACGCUUUCUAGAGUAGUAGAUUUUACAUGUUCAAGAGAGCACCUCAAAAUGAUCCCAAACUUGAAAAAACUGGCUCUUUUCUAUACCAACAUGUCGAGAGAUUAUGAGCUCAACAAUCUUAUAUAUUUGGAGAAACUUGAAGCUCUCAAGAUAGAGGUGGAUUGUUCUUUUGUGGGAAAACAUAAUAUGAGAUGUGUUCUUCCUCCAAAACUGAGAAGUUUGAAUUUGUGUGGUCUGCAACUUCCAUGGGGGGAUAUGAAAAUUGUUGCUUCUUUGCCUAAUCUUCAAGUGCUUAAACUAAGAAAGCUGGCUUGCAUUGGCAAGACAUGGGAAAUAAGUGAAAGAGGAUUCGGUAAGCUCACCUAUUUGCUGAUUCAGGAAUCCAAUCUUGAGCAUUGGAUAAUGGAACCAAGUCACUUCCCAAGACUCAAGUCCCUAGUGCUUCAUCACUGUCGGCAUCUAAACAAUGUCCCCUAUGAUAUGGGAAAAAUUCCUACACUUGAAUGUAUCGAGUUGGAUGACGACUCUUUACUUCACUCGGCCAAGUGGAUUCGAGAACAUAGACGAAGUUUGGGAUACAAUCCCCUCUCUGUUUAUUAUAAGGAUCGGUUUGGUUUACGGGAAGUGACAUCAGAGGUCGGGAUAAGGAAAUAAGGGGACUGCUUUGGCCUGGCCGGAAAUUCUAUUUACUUCGCGAUAUAGAACCGGAAGAGAGAAGCUGUGAGGUGAAAGUUCUCCCAUCCCACUUGAAGUUGUUGAUCGCCUCUACCUCUCAGCCCCGACACGUCGGAAAAAUUUGGAGUACGCGCAUCUGACAGAGACCGUCGUCGUGUGGAGUUGCAACAUAAGUAUUGUUGGUUUCCCUUACGAAAUCAAAUCGAUUGGCGAAUGGUUGCCAAAAUAUUAGCUUCUGCGCGAAAAAAUGCAUUCCAUUUUGAUUUGUGACUUCACAUGAACUCUUUGUCGGGUAUAAGUGGGUUUAGGGUCAGCGCAUUUGGGUGAUUGUAUUUAUUUGCUUCGUGCAUUCGUUUGGCACGUUAACCUAAAAACUGGGUGAUUGUGUGAAUUUGCUUGGUGUUUGUUUGGUUUCUGAUGCAUGCACCUAAUAAAAAAUAACAACCAUGCAUCAUCAUGCAUGUGUGCAUGGACCGUGCGCAUAAGAAGUAGAGAAUAAGCUGUCAAACAAGGCGGAGAAGGUAUUGCGCCGCGCGGUAUAUGAAGUAUGAGCAAAGAGAGAGAGUAUUUAAUGUAGUAAAUGUUCAUUGAGAUUCCCGGAUUCUCUUUGAAGUUUGAGCGAGCGACUUUUAUUGCAAUUCCUCUGUUACAUCCAUAAUACAUUGUUUUCCUUUUCUUAAAUUGAGUGUUUGUUUAAGAACUACAACAGUUUCUCUGAUUGUUUAAUGGAAUUUCUGACAGCACAUGAUGUAAAGCCAUACUGAGGAUUUGUGAUAAGUUGAUGUUUGGUUCUUGGCAUUUUAUGUUGUUUGGUGCACUAAAAUUCAGUGUUUAGUUUGUUGAACCUGUUAUAUCAGCUGAAUUUUUGUUGCCUGGAUAUCAAGGUGCAGCGUCAAUCUGUUUGGACAAAUACCUGAGAGCAACAAGCUCCGGUGGGGGUAACGCCUUCAACAUCAACCGGCUGUUACGCGUGUGUGGGGUAUUUAGUGGAGAAGGCGCACAAAGAGAAGAAUAGUGCCACGAAUUUGGGAUUGAAAGCUGGAAGGAUAAUUGGAACAAAAAUAUUUUGAUUAGGCAUAAUUACACUAUUUUCUGUUUCUAUGUUUUAAUGGCAUUUGGUAUCGAAGAUUGAAAACCAAACUAUUUUCUGUUUCUAUGUUUUCAUAUCUUUGUCUUAUACAGACAGCAUUUAUCCCCGUAUAAGUUUUAACUAUUUGUUGUUUUAAA